GCUCGUUGUCGGGUAAUUUUUGGCGAGCAUAGCGGUUUGUCUCCUUCACGAUUUUCUCGAAAAGAACCUCGUCAAACAUCAAACCGAAAAAAUCAUCAGCUUUGGGGUUGGUUCCCACGUCGACAACGAUUCCAGAUCGAGCUGAAAAUUCGUCAACAACGAUGCUACUGAGGUCAGCUGUUCAUUGUUGUUCUUUUUCAUCGUCGCUGUCAGAGGCUCCUUUGUUGCCACUUUCACCGUCCGCUUCUUCAUCGCUUUCCUCGCCAUCCUCGUCAAUACCCGAAAAAUCAAUAUCAAAACCAUCUCCCUCAAUAUCUUCGGUACCUUCUUCAUCUGAAUCGCCAAAAAUCGCCCUGUAUUCGUCGAAACUAAUUUCUAAAGGAUCUACGCGCCUCGCAAUUUUUUCACUCAGGUUAUUGUCAAUUUAGAGCUGAUAAAGCAAAUAGCCACCACGUAGGAAGUUUCUUUGCUUUAUCGACUCCAAGUUGAUAAUAAACUAAGUGGUUUUACACACUCACGGACGAAAUUGCUCAAUCGUUUCUUUAUCAGAUACUGCUCUCGCUGUCACCUUGCAUGUUUAUGCUACCUUCAUGAUGCAAGAACAUAUUCGUAUCCGUCUAUCCCACCCUCGGGAAGCAUAAUUUAUGCGCAGUAACGACGAUUUGAUUGGUCAAUACCUCAGUAACACUCGCAUAUGUUAUUUGCUGGGGGAGGGGAGAGAAGGGGGAAACGACGGCUGUCUGUUUUCCGGGGACCUUGAAUUAACAACGAGUUUCCGGUUGCCCGGGACUAAGUGUGAAACAAUAAAGAAAUGUUUACAGCAAGUAAUUCUAAAUUUCUGGACAAGAAGAAGUAAAAGGUAAAAAGUUAUUUAAUGGUGAUACCAUCCAUGCGUCUGUCCUCCAGUAGAUCAUAAGUAAGAAACAACCAAAAUGUGUGUACAAUUCAGCUUAUAAUGUAGCGGAACACAUGCACAACCACAUCACCAUACAAUAUUCCUCGGUCUUCAAAAAUGUUCUCUUAAUCAUUACUCAUCAUAUCCCAUAAUCUCUUUCAGCAACAAAAAGACUUAAAGGGAAGUUCAACCACAGAGCAGAAUGAUUCCAUCACAAUUCACAUUUACAAUUUUUUGCUAAUAAACUCAAUACUCUCUUUCUUAUUUGCAAUUACAAAAACAACGGGAAAAUUACCUUUUUACUUGCACCUCCCAGUGAAACAGCCCUCCUCCUUUUGUACUGUCCAUCAAAAGAAAACAUCGUAUGAAGGAUUUUAAAAAAUAUCCGUAGAUUACCGUGAAGACGAAAUUCACCAAACUCAAACACAUUACUUACAUUGAAAAAGUAUGGAAAGAAAGUGCAAAACGAAAAUCUGGAAAACUUUGAAUCUGGAAAAUGUUGUGUGUGGAAUUGGGAGUGUGGAAAAUGUGGAGUGUGGAAAAUAUGAAGUGUGGAAAAUAGGUGUGGAAAAUAUGGAGUGUGGAAAAUACGGAGUGUGGUUAGCGUUACCACACACUCCGCAUUUUCCACACUCCUCAUUUUCCACACUCGACAUUUUCCACACUCUUCAUUUUCCACACUCCUUAUUCUCCACACUCUGUAUUUCCCACACUCCUCAUUUUCUACACUCCGCACUCCUUCUUUUCCACUUAACCGAAGAUAUUCGGGGGUUAUCAUGUUAACCAAUCGGUGAUUUAUUUGCAUCGUACCACAACCCGAUUGGUUCAACAUUGUGACGAAAUAUAUACCGUCACACGUCAUGCAAGUCGCGAAAGAGACGAGCCAAUGACUCGCAAUUUUUUCACUCAGGUUAUUGUCAAUUUAGAGCUGAUAAAGCAAAUAGCCACCACGUAGGAAGUUUCUUUGCUUUAUCGACUUCAAGAAAAAACAAAGGCGUCAUUGGCUGGGAUUGUAUUUCAGUUUAAUGGUCCCGGGAUCUGCGUCGCAAAACUGCUAGUGCCAUGAUCAUAAUUCAAUCUAUCAUCCAUGGAAAGAGGGUACGACGUCAACAGGUAGGGCUUAUAAUCAGUUCAAGUUUAUUUUAACUAGCAUAAUAUAUGUGAUAUUUAGUUAAAGCAGGAUAACAAGUAUCUCGAAAGAAUGUAAUCUUCUGUGCACAUGUAGAAGUAUGAUUGAAUGUGAUAUCUGUUUUGUAUCCCUUUCUUUUCUUUCAGUAUGAGCUUCAGAGAAUUUCAUUUGAUGAGGCAGUCAGCUCGUUAGAAGGAUUCAAAGAUACUCCAACAGCAGAUGCCAUUAGAAAUAUGCUAAGAAAGCUUCUUUUCUUUUAUUCUGACUCCAAGGACACACAGAGACUGGUAAAAAAAUUGAUGCAUGUUAUUCAAUUUGUUACAAUUAACGUUAUGAAUUAUAGUAGAUCUAGACAUAUCUAGCAAUAUUCUUGAAAACUGAAUUAACCCUUAAGCGCCCAUGAGUGACCAAGACAGCAUUUCUCAUAACAAUACCAAUAGAAUAUCAGUCAGACAAGUGUUGAGAAUAUCACUUAGGAGAUUAUAGGUUAAUUCAAUACAAAAUUCUAAGAAAUGACAUUAGAAGAAUUGUAUAACAAACAGUAAAGAGAACUACUUAUGACAUCUUGCAAUGGAUAGUUAAACAACACUAGUCAUAAGCAAUGUAAUCAUUUUCUUUUUCUCCUUUAGAUUUGGAUGUGCCAGUUUCUGUUAGAAAAUAGAAACACUGCGCAAAAGUUACAAACAAGUGAUCAUCAAAUUUGGCUUCAUCAGAUCAAUUGCCUUCUCUUGAUCUGUGGCAGGUAAAUUAGAAUGUCCAUAUCUUUUCCUUUAAUUCCCUUUCUCCAUCUCUUCUUCAGAGUGCUAACUGACUUAUUAAAUUAAUUUUAGGCUUAACUUUGAGAAUUAAGGUGACUUUUUGGUACAAAUUAAAUGCACAAGCCAUUUAGAAACUCAACUGUCAUUAUACAUGAACAUGGAGGUUUUUUGGCUGCUUUAUAGCUGAAGACUUUCCCUUCUAGUUCCAAUAAAAACUUUAGUAGAUGCUGUGCUAUAUGUUAUAUACAUUGACGUUUCAAAAGCAGCAACCUACUGUUAUUUAUGAUUUAAUCCCAUAAAAAAAUAAAAGGUAGUAGAAAUAAGCAACGGAUGUUGGUUGUUUUUGAGCUGUGAGAGAGGGUCAUUAUCAUUGAGAUUAUACAGUAAAGAAAUGACUGGGCUCACUCAGUAUAAGAUUUACAUUGGUUCUUCUAUAAACUAGUAAGCAUUAUCUUGGAUAUAUCAUUUUCUUGCCUAUUUUAGUCAUCAUGGGCUUCUGCAGGAGUUUCAACAAAAGCCACAUAACAAGAGUCUGCCACUGCCUAUAGAACCUCUUACCAAGGUCUAUUUAGCCUCAUACCAGACUCUGGUAUUUGAGAUGGCCUUACAUCCUAUUUUCCAGGCAGAGGUGCUUUUUAUAUCAUUGGCAGCUGCUUUUGGAAAAAGUUAUUGGAAUCCCUGGCUUCUCCUGAUAAUCAAGAACAAUCUCAAUUUACCUUUAUUUGAAUAUUCUAACAGCAGUGAGUAUUAUGCUCAGAAUGUAAUUGCUUCUUUGUACAGACUCAUUUAUUAAUAAGAUUUGAAUACAAAUUUCCUUUUCAGCAUCUUUUUCUUAACAUCUUUUCAUGGAAUUUUACCUUUUCCCUCUCUUCAGCUUCUACAUUAAAAUAAUAUUUAAAUAAUAUUUGCACUGCAGAGGAAAUUUAGAGAAAUGAUGAAAGUUAUCUCCACAGAUCACUAGAGAAAUCAAUGGGAGAUUCUUGACCUGUUGCUAUUCAGCUGCGCUUGUUGGAAGUUUUCACCUCCGAUGAAUCAGACUAUAAUCCCACUGAUCCUGUCAGAAGUAGAAAAGAUGACAUAAUGGCAACAAUUUACCUUGUGAGAAAUGGUAACUAUAACCCUCGGCGAGAAGUUUGUUACACAGCAGUUUCUUGCAGCUGUGUGCUGUAGUUCUUUAUAUAAUUGUAAACUCAAAAAGUAUCAUUCAUCCUUCCAGGCACAUGACCCCUGUUAGAUGGGGUCUUUUAUCUCACAACUAAUUUUCAUACAGUUCUUUACUGUUAUUGAGCUGGGUCCAGUUGUAUAAAGGCCAGAUAGCACUAUCCAAUGGAUAAAACGCCAUCCAGGGGAUAAGUGUUAACAAAACAUACUGUGCUAUCCACCGGAAAGAGAUUUAUCCAGUGGUUAGCGUUAUCCAUGCUUCGAGAAACUGGGGCCUGAAGUGUAUCAUUUAUUUGUCAUGAGUGGGAUAUUGUCCAAAAAUCACUUCUAUAUUGAACAUGAAAUUAAAUGCACUGCACAUUGUGCAGUGCGUUUAAUUCCAUGUUCAGAUAGAGUUUAUUUAUGAUUGAAUAACUUGUUUAACCCUUUCACUCCCAUGAUUUCAUUAGUAAUUCUCCUUACUAUCUGCCAUACAAUUCCUAUGAUUUCAUUUCAGAGAGCUUGGUAUUGGAUUAACCGAUAAUCCCCUUAUUGUUAUUUUUCUUUGUUCUCACCACUUGUCUGCUCGAUUUUGUGUUAAUAUUUCCAGGAGAAAUUACAUUGGGCUAGCAUUAUUAAAUUAUUUUCUAUGUGUGUCAGUUUGUAUUUAUGUGUAUGAAUGUAUGCAUAGCUACAUUAAUUUGUGUAGUCUGUUGAAGAUCCUUUCUAAAUAUUACUACAUUUUAUGUAUCCCAUUACCAGGAUAUUUAAGAUAUUUGCGUGUUCUGCUGAAUGCCAGGGUUCCAUCCAGCUUAGAGCCCUCCACUGUCCCCCCUACUCCAAUGGCUGCUGCUAUCAACGAUCUGGUGAUGAACCCACUUUACUUCAGCAGCCAGUCCAGUAGUGGAGAAGAAUCUGCAUUUACUGCAAAUGAUAGGUAAAUUUUAUUUUCCUCCUAUGCAUUUCUGUACUGUUCCUCUCUUUCCUGUCUCCAACUGAGAACUACCCAGCUUCUUCAAAUUGAUUUCAAUCUUGCUACUGGUUUCCUGCAGUUAUUUGGGAAAAUAUAAAAAUUAGAGAGUUGGCAAAAAAUAAUGUUAUGCAAAUGGUAUUGAGUUAAUGUAGAUCUUUGUAUUGAUCACAUAAUUAAAAGAUUAUCUGCUGUGGUUUAAUUUUUUCUUAUCUUAAGACUUUUAAAACUUAAUUGAUUUGUAUUGUCAUUUGUUUUAAUGAAUUCUUGAGAAAAGAAAAAGAGAAGUUGAACUGGUUUGAAAAAGUUUUAACUCUGAAUUAAAACUGAAUUACUGUGACACAAAAAUGAAUUAAAUCAAUAAAUAUUUUUUUCUUGAGGAAUUUUUAGGAGAAGAAAAUAAGUCAAACAAAAGUUAACGAAUUUGUUUUUAUUUUUUUUCAGGCAUGCAGUAUUUCUGACAUUCUUUGUCCUGUAAUGACAAAACAGAUCAUCUUCAUUUUGCUACCAUCAAUAGCUGACCAAUCUGCAAAAUUCCCUUUUAGUCAAUUGUUAGAGACUCCCUCCUGAAACUAUUAACAAAGGCUGAUGAAUCAGGGGGGACCAACAGUAAGAUCACCCCUACACCCUGGCUACUGUAUGGAGUAUUAGCAUUUGUUAAUACACAUCAAGGUUUGUUCACCUGACUGUUUACUGUGUUCAGUGGUAAAGUCUGCAUAAAUUUAAAGUUUUAAAUUACAAUUUAUCCAACCAUUUUCUUUUCUGUCUCCAGGAUCAACUUCAGCUUUGUCUUUAGUGAAAUGUUAUAUUCAAGCCCUAGAAAUCCUGAUAGUACAGCUCCCUCAUCCAGGUAAACAAUUUUCGCUACAACAUCAACUGACAAAAACUACUAGAAUUCAUUUAAUAUUUCCCUUCAAUUUUAAUUUGAUAAUCCCAUAGGAGUUUGGAAAAAAAUAUUGCUUAUUUGCUCAAACAAGAAAUUUUAUUACAAUUGUAUAUUGUUCUAGAAAAACAGAUCAUUCAUCCAAAGUUAUAUGUUGCACUAAAAUAACAUGGUAUGUAUGUAUUUACAUGUUUCAUCUUUGAAUUUUCCAUUUCUAGGGGGUCAGAUGAUGAAAAUGACAGUGAUUCUGAACUGGAGAUAAAUUCCUCACAGGCAAGUAAAAAUUCUUAAUUGCAUUUGUAUGCAAUGUGGUAAAUGGUGUACUACUGUAAUUCUUUAAGUGAGGAAUUUUUCCACCCUAGUCUUACCUUGAUUUUGUACUAAGUAGUAGUCCUAAAAUUUCAAUUUCUUUCUGACAAGGAACAUGCAUACUUGAAAUGCCAAUUUUUCUUUUUGAGUGAUACUCCUCCUACUGUUCUCUAGUUUUAAUUUUGUUUUGUUCUGGAUUUGACUUGUUUUUACUAACUGCUUUGCUCUUUGCAUUUACUGACUGUUAAUUUAAAAAAAAUGGAGUUGAUGUUGUUGUAUGUCACAGUUAUCUUUAGAAGACCUUAUAUGCUUGGAUAUCCUUGAUUCUAAGGAUCAUGUAAAGACUUUGGAACCACUGUUUGCAAGGUUUGCCAAUGUAAUAAAGUCAUUUUAACCUGUUUUUUCCACAAUAAUUUUUUCAGUUUCAAAAUUUUCGAUGUAAAGAGAUUUUGAGAGCGUUAAGAAUAUAAAUAAUGAUUUGAUAUUUUCAUUUGUUUCUAGACACAAAAAACUGGAUUACGAGAAAUAAGUAAUCAGAGCACUUUGCAAUAUUCAUCAUUUCUUGAUCUGUGAGAGCAGACUGCUUAGACACAGGACAAGGUCUGUAGUUUGAGAUGAAAGUCAACAAAACUUUCAGCUUUUAAUGAAUAUUUUUGGGGAUGCUGUGGCAUCAAGAUUGGCAUGACAGGCUCAACAUUCAAGUCCAAGGUGUAUCAUUAUGCUGUGUUAUUGGUCAGAGUAGAAAUCUUUUGAUAUUGCCAAUCUCCAUUAGGGGGUUGUAAUGUGUGCCAGUGAACUGUAAGGAAGAUUCUAGAGAAUAGGAGAGUAAGCUACAGUGAGCAUCUUGUCAGGGUCAUGGAAGAAUAUCAUUGUUCAGACUCAAACAUGCUAUAAAACCAUAGAAAACCCGUGACAUUGCAGGCCACCUAACGUAUGUGAAGACUUACACUCUGUAGCUUGCUAACGAAGAAUGGGCAUUGUUUGUUAUAGAUUAGUUUUUCGUUCUUUCAUUAGUUAUUUUAUGAAAGAAAUGUAGAAUGGUUUCCGUGUUUACAUAGCCUGAUGUAAACACUUG